UUCUCCCGACUACCUGAGUACUUUAAGUCGUGGCGCUGCUGUUCUCUCGGCUGCCUCCCGUCCGUCGCUCAGCUGUUGUCCUACGCUGUGCUCCCCGACGUCGUCACAGAACCGUCCCCAGUUUUGCUCCACCACGCUUUCGGUGGUAAACUGCGCAUUAUCAGAAGCAUUGUUCCUUAUACAUGUCACUAUGGGAGACCUGAGGGAGUACUCGGAGCUGUCCGAGGAUAAGACGGAGCCGUUUUCGCAGAGUGAAAUCCAGGCCAGGCUACAGCGUGCUCGCAUGGAGGAGUUCAGCGCUAUGAGCAGCACGAUACCGCUGGACAAGCUCGUGGUCCCGUUGGACGACGACAUUCGGAUCCUCAUGCGGCCGUUGUCCCGGGAUCGACGGGUUCGGGAAGACCGGAACAUUAUGCCGCUCGCGCUCCGUGCCGAGGAGGAGGACGAUGCGCCGCACCAGGUCCUUGCUGUCCGCCAGACGUCCAGGGACAUCAACUUCACCGUAACCAUCCCGGACUACACCAGCCCAAACCGUAGGCUGACGUGCAUCCUCUACUACGACCCGGCCAGCGACAACCAGAUCCUCGUGAACCGCUCCAAUGUCCCUUUCAGUCUCUCCCGGAUAUCCGAGGAGCCCGAGGAGAGGCGCGGGGAGCAGCACCAAGUUAAUCCUGACUUCAACAAGGCCCUUGCCCCGGGCACUUGGCGGAUUUCUAUGGACGGAACGGAUCUGUUGGACUUCCGCCUCCUUGAGAGGCGACCAGUGCGCCUGCGCACCAUAUCAUCCUCGGCAUCCGACCGGUCCAUGACGAGUGACGUGGUGAAUUCAUCAGGGAAGAGGUCGUUGAUUGCGGAAGAAGACGCCGCUGCCAGCCCCGAGAAGCGGCGACGGUCCUCCGAUGGGGUUGGCGACAAGAAGGAGGAGGACAGGGUCAUCAUGCUUCUCCCGGCAAAGAGCUCAUCCAAAGGCGAAAAGGGGAAAGAGCUGUCGGCGUCCACCAGCCAUCCGCUCCUGGAACUUCAGCCUGACGAAACCUUGGAAGUCCCCCGCGGAGGAGGGCUUGUUGGCUAUACCAUCACGAAGAGGGAGCCCAUCGCGUCAACGGCGCUCUCGAGCGUCUUCACCGCUGAAUACUCGGAGGCGCCUGGCCGGUACGUUGUUGUCAAGGUCCUCAGGACGUUAUCCCCUGCGACAACAAACAACAACAACAACGAAGGCGCCGUGGCCAAAAAUGUCAUACGGCAAGCACAGACGUGGCUGCGCGAGCUGGAGAACCAGGAGAGACUAAACCACAAGAGCAUCGUGCGUCUGUACGGCGGGGAUGCCCGGUUCCUCUCCCUAUACAUGGAGCCCAUCGAUGGCCGAGACCUUUCGGCCAAGGGCGAGUGGCGGAUUGGCGGGACGGACCUGUUUGCCGGGGAUCGGUCAGACGCCUUGCGUAUACUGCAGGACAUUGCCAGUGCGUUGCACUACCUCCACGGCAAGGGCUUUGUGCACAACGACAUCAAACCGGGCAACAUCCUGUACAACCGAGAGCGCGGAGCGGUCCUCUGCGACCUCGGUCUCUCCUCCGAGAAGCCGAGUGCCUCGUUUGGCGGCACGCCAUGGUAUGUGCCACCCGAGUUCAUCGGUCUGGGGAAGCGCGGCGCCCCGAGCGACGUGUGGGCGUUAGGCGUGGUGAUGCUCUAUGUGACGGGCAAAAUCUCAUGGCCGGAUGUGAGAGCGCACCGAGCCCACCCCCGGCACCUGUACUGGAGCAUCGCGCACGUCCACGAGAGGGACCGGAGUCUGCAGACUCCCGCCGUCACCAGCAUGCGGCGAUGGUUGAGCGAGCUAACGGCCGUGCGGAGCGCGCUGGACAUCCACGACAAGCUGGAGCGGUUGGUGCACGGAAUGCUGGCACCUAACCCCAAGGAACGGCUGACCACCAAGGAUAUUGUCAACCAGUUGUUCAUCGAACAGGCACCCGAGAGGUGACGGUGCUGCAGGUAAUUUGGAUAUUAUACACAGACUUCAACAACACCUUCCUACCCACGCAAGGUCCGGAGCCUCGUUUCUGAUUUCGUUGGAGAGGAGGAAAUACAACAC